AUGCAAACUCGCAAAGACGAAGCAAUCCCUUCAUUCCUUAGAGAGACCCCCAUGGAUACUCCCUCCACCCUGGGAUACAUCAAGACCCAGAUCUCAGCUAUCUACACUGCAGCAGUAAAAAUCCCCGACUCCGAUGACGACAAGGACGAACAAGCUUUACACAUCGAUCAUGACACAUAUGCCAGAAUCUACACCGCUGUAUUCGACUACACCAGACUCUCUGACAAAGGCCCAAAAACACAGCAGCAAUCCCUAACUGUAAGAGGCGAAAUAUUGUUCAGACACCUAUCCGCAGAGAUCAGAAGAUACUGUGAAUACAUUAGAGACCGGAUCUUUAGCGUUGGUAGUAAUGAUGAGAUGGUGGAUGGAGUCCAAGCCAGGAAAGUGUUGAAAAUUUAUAUGUCAUGCUAUGGCAGAUUUUCUAAAUUGUCAUUAUUGGUCAAGAAUCUUAUGGGGUUCUGGAAUAGACAUUGGGUGCGUCAUCAGUGGGCGUUGAGGAAGAUAAGUGUUUCUUCUGUUGAAGAGCUGCAUAAGAUGAUAUGGAAGGAGGAGGUUUUGGAACAGAAAGGGUUGGAGGAGGUGAUGGAUGCUGUGGCUGUAUUGAGGAAAUUAGAUGGAGGCAUGAGCGAGUACAACUCGGCGCUGGUCAAAGAUGUAGUCAAGUCAUUAUCUGGUCUGGGCGUUACUUUGGAGAGUUGA